GGAUGCUCUGCCUGUCCAGGACUCUUAUGUCCUCCAGAGGAGCAAAAGAAAAUGACCAGGUUUCGGGAGGCAGUGACUUUCAAGGAUGUAUCCGUGGUCUUCACUAAGGAAGAACUGGGGCUGCUGAACCUUGCCCAGAGGAAAUUGUACCAAGAUGUGAUGGUAGAGACCUUCAGGAACCUGCUCUCUGUGGGACCUCAAGCCUUUCAACCAGAUAUAAAAUUACAUUUGGGGAAAGAAGAGAAACUUUUGAUGAUGGAGUCAGAAAUUCGAUAUGAGCAUUCAGGACACAGGAAUCAAAAUGAGAUAGAGAGUCUUCAGGAAGUAGCAUUAAGAUCUCUAUUACAUGAAGACCUUAUAUCCUGGCAGAUGUGGGAACAAUUUACAGAGGAUUCCAUUAGGAGUACUGAGGAUUUCACAUCCCACUGUGGUUGGAGCACCACUCUCCUGUCGGCAUGUGAAUGAGAACUCUGGCUAAGAAUGAUCCAUUCUCCCCCAAAGGAAAUUGACAAUAUCU